UUAGUUUAUACAUGAACAUCGUAUGUCUGGCUAUUUGUCGUUUCAGUGUGUGCAGCAAAACAUUGUAAAAUGCUUGACUACCCCUGUCCUAAACUGACCAUAGAUCCCUUGCCAUCCUAUCUUAAUUUAGGUGGAGGUCCGGCAAACAUAACGCAGGAUGUAGCCAAAGCUCUAACGACACAACCUUACACAGCUUCAAAUCCGAGUUUACACAAACUUAUGGACGACAUACUGCCAAUGAUUAGAUACGUAUACCAGACGGAAAAUCCUGUUUCGUUCAUACUUCAGACAUCGGGCAACGGAGGCAACGAAGCCAUGGUCACAAAUCUGGCUGAUCCUGGCGAAACUGUUGUCAUCGCUGUAUCUGGAUUAUGGGGCAGCAAAGUUGUGGACAUGGCCAAAAGAUAUAAUUUAAACGUUGUGGAGUUAAGGUCGGAACCUGGGGAAGUGUUCACGUUCGAAGAAUUGGAAGAAGCUAUUGUCAAGAACAAAGCAGUGGCUUUGUUUGUCACUCAUGGUGAAACUUCCAGUGGUACUCUUCAACCACUAGAUGGUUUAGGAAAGAUUUGUCAUAAGCACAAUUGUCUUUUGUCCGUGGAUGCUGUAGUCUCUCUUGGGGUGGCUCCGAUUUAUGUGGAUAGAUGGGAAAUUGAUGCAAUUAAUGGAGGUACACAGAAAGGGCUUAGUGCACCCGCAGGCAUGUGUUUACUGUCUUUUAGUCCUAGGGCUUAUAAGAAGAUUUUAUCCAAGAAACAUCCUCCCCCGUACAUAUUUGAUGUGCAAAUGCAUGUUAAGGUCUGGGAUUGUCUUGGUGCAGGUGGUAAAGGUUAUAUUUAUACAUACAGUAGUAAUAUGUUAGGAGCAGUAAGAGAAGCACUAAUAGCAAUUUGCAAAGAAGGAAUAGAUAAUGUUUGGGAUAGACAUCAAAAGAGCGCCAAUAUAUUAGUAUCCAGAUGUAAAAAUGAAUUAGGUCUCGAACACUAUAUUAAGAGACCAGAGAUCCGAUUUAGUGGAGUAACUUUUUUGAAAGUUCCAGAAAAUCUGAGUUGGAGAAUGAUUUUUUCAUACAUUUUAGAAAAACAUCAGGCGGAGAUUUCGUUUGGAAUUGGACCAACGAUUAAUCAAGUUCUCCGAUUAGGACUUUUGGGCAUAAAUGCUACACCAAAAAUGGCAAAUUAUGUUGUUGAAUUGUUACGAGAAGCUAUUGAAUAUUGUAAAAAUAAUCCACAUAUAGAUGAUGGGUUUGGUUCAUUUAAUCCACCAACUGAAUAAUGUAUUUUACUGUAUUUAUCUUAAUUCUGUAUAAAUUAUAGUGUAAAUGGGAUUAAUAAAAAAUAAAUUGUUAAAAAAAUAAA